ACUUCUCAAAAAGAAAAGUUUAUAGUCAACAUACUAGAUACCUAUAUUUUUAUACGUUUAGAUCAAAUAUCUAUAAUAAUGAUGCAUGACUACAAAAUAAUCUUCUCAAAAAUAAUGCUCAUAGACUUCUCAACACACUGGAUGAAGAUUUUUUAGGUUUAGAUCAAAUAUCUAUAAAAAUGAUGCAUGACGACAAAAAAAAAUAAACUAAAAGACAAUGAGCCUAAACUAAGAAAUUAAAGUUUAUACUUUAUAGUCAACACAUUGUAUGCAGAUUUCUUUUUUUUUUUUUGUAGACUAUUUAAAACCCGAGGGUAAUAUCUUUGUGCGCUGACUCCUACGAAUAUACCAAACUAGUCUAUCCAUUUUGAUAAGAUUAUUCUGCUGCCGCUUCAAACACCCGAACUGGGUACGAGAGAAAAAGGUUUUGAAAUGCAUCUUCCGAAACUAGAUAAUCAACCGAAGGAGAUUCUCUUUUCUUCUUUAUCGGUCGUCAAAGAGAGAAGAAGGAUUGGGAGAACUCUGGCAUCGGUUCAGGCUAAAUCCUGAAGAAAGCUAGAAAGCGCUGUUUGAUGAGCCCUGCGUCCGCUUUCGCUAUUAAUACAGCAAAACCAGUAACUGAGGCUUAUCGUCUCGGCACGAAAACAAAUUCACCAGAGAGCAUAUUAUACAAUAAUACCUUUUGUAGGGAGAAGAAAGAAGAAAUGGCGCAAGGCGGUGGCGUCGCCAGAGUGAUCGUGGAUUCAAGGUUCUGUGUUCCGGACCCCGUGGAUCUGGCGAUGGUGAUAAUAUUGACUUCAAGCACGGUAACUUCCAUAUAAAUGACUAUGAAACAGAAGACGAUGACCUUGCAUGAGAGGUGGAAAGUAUAUAGAGGAGUGAGUACGGAAGAGUGUGAUUUUCUGUACACGAUGAAGAAAUCGAAGGUAGUUCAGCUUACGACGAAACUUGAAGUGUUUUUGGGUCACAACAAUGAAGAGCAGAUAUGCGAUUUCCGAGUCAAGGUGACGAAGCGUUUCGAACACUCUUGUGUCGUCUACGCCGGUGAAUCUGACAACAUUGUUGCCCAAAUGCAGCACAAGAAGCACACGCGGCAGACAGCUUCAUCGGGACUGGACAAUUUCUCGGUGACAGUUAAUCCAAACGUCGAUUAUGCCUUCGUUACCUCUCUCUUAGUCCUUUUCGAUGUUAUUAACCGACAGGAUCCGCCCGGUAAAGGCGACACUGGUGAGAAGAACGAGGUUGCACACGGUGCAAACCAUCUUGUACACGGUUUACACAUGUUACUUCACUGAUGGAUUUUAAAUGAGUUUGCAGCUAACCAAACUCUAUUGUUAUUCAGUUAAUGAUUCUAAAUUAUGUUUUAAAGUUCAGUGCUAUUGGAUCUUAUAUUUAUAAGUCAUGCAUCAUUGAUUUAUAAUCUAAUGUUGUUUAAGUAA